AUGCCUCACGCUACUGCCGACGAGACGCUUUACCUAGACGUGGCCGUAAUUGGUGCGGGAUGGUACGGCUUGAAAGCGGCGUCAACUUACCUCAAGCUGGCUCCGGACACCAAGCUUGCCAUUUUCGACAAGUACGAUAGUGUGGGUGGAACAUGGAACCGAGAGCGCAUCUAUCCCAACUUGGUGGCCCAGGUGGAGUUCGGCUACUUUAAUUAUCCCUCCACGCCGAUGCCCCGCGAUGGCAAGACCGACAACGGCUUGGUGGCUGGCGACAUGAUUUGCCGCUAUCUUGAAAGAUACGCUGAGGAGAGCGGGCUGAAGCCGUAUCUGCGCCACAACAGCUGGGUAUCAAGCGUGGAGCGUCAUCCCAGUGGCCAUGGCUGGGUCUUGUCCGUGAACGGCCGAAGGGUCGAGGCCGAGAAGCUGGUGUGUGCAACCGGCGUGACGACGCAGACCAACAGUCCCGACUUCCAAGUCCUGGAUGGCUCCGUCCCGGUCAAGCACGUGGUGGAUCUGGCCAAGGCGGUGCCCAGUUUCUCCGACCCUUCCAAGAAGCGGGAGCACUUUGUGCUCGUGGGCGCCGCCAAGUCGGCCUACGAUGCCGCGUACCUGCUUUGCUCCCUGGGCAAAAAGGUGACCUGGAUCAUCCGCGAGAACGGCUCCGGCCCCAUGCCCAUCAUGCCGGCCAAGAUGCUGGGCCGGAACACCAUCACGAUGAGUACGAGCCGGCUGAUGAGUAAUCUCAGCCCGUCGCUCAUGACCACCGACUCGCCGGCCGGUGCCUUUUUCCACCGGACCUGGCUGGGCAGGUUCCUCACCCGGUCGGCCUGGGGUUACAUCUCCAACUUGGCGGACAAGGCGGCUGGGUUUGGAGGCGGUGCCGCUAGUAAGACCACUCCUCUGCGUCCUACCAUCAAGGAUAACAGCGCAUUCUGGUGCGACAGCUCCCUGGGUCUCAUCACCAUGGAGGACUUCUGGACCACACUGGAGAAGGGCAACCUCACCGUGCUCCGCGACACCGUCGGCACCGCUGACGCCGAGGGUGUCUCGUUGUUGUCCGGCAAGCGCGUCAACGCCGACUAUGUGAUCUAUGCCACGGGCUGGGGAGACCACUUCAGCUUCUUCUCGCCCGAGCUCAAGGAGGAACUGGGACUUCCCCAGUACGGCCACGAAACGGCGCCCGCCGACGCCGCCACGCCCCCCCACAAACCAAGGUCAGACCCGUGGCGCGCGCACGAUGACGCCGCCGAUGCCCUCGUGGCCGGCAAGAUCCCUCUGCUGGGCGCCGGACCGGCCGACUUCGACGGGUGGAAGGUGCCGGCGGCGAGGCGGAAGGUCAUGAAGGUGCGGCGGUGGCGGCUGUACAACCGCAUGGUCCAGGGCCUCUGGGCCGCCGCCUACUUGCUCGGCGACCUGGCCCUGCCCGGCCGAGCCGACAUGGUCCGUGAGGUCGCCGAGUGGAACGCGUGGACGCGCAAGCGCUACGCGAGCGUCGGCGAGCGCUACCCCUAUGCCCUCUUCGAUUGGGUGCCGUAUCUGGACCGUCUGAUGAAGGACCUUGGUCUCGAAACAAGGCGUCACAAGGGCGUCCUAGCUGAUUUCUUCUCGCCCUACGGUCCACACUGUUAUGCGAACGUUCUGGACGAGUAUAACAACUUGCGGAAGAGGGACAGCAAGUCCGAAGCGCCGACGGUUUCCAGUUUGAGCUCUUGA